AUGGCCGGUGGAAUCGUGACCGUGGCUAGUGGGGUGAUGAGCCCGCUCAUCUUCAAGCUCACCAUGCUCAUGGGCGACGAGUACAUGAAAUUCAAAGGAGUCAGGAAGCAAGCCUCAUUCCUUGAGAAGGAACUCAGCGCCAUGAAUGCUGCCCUUCACAAGCUGGAGCUCAUGGAUGAGCUCGAUCCAUCCAUCAAGGACUGGAGGGACCAUGUCAGGGAGAUGUCCUAUGACAUGGAGAAUUGCAUCGAUGAUUUUAUGCGCCAAUCUCGAGGUGACGAUGCCAAGGUGGGCUUCAUCAAGAAGACUUCUCGUCGCAUCAAGAAGUUGCGACAGCACCUUCAGAUAGCCCACCGCAUGGAAGAGCUGAAGACUCUUGCCUUAGAGGCAAAUGAUCGUCGCCAAAGAUAUAAGAUUGAUGAUUGGAAGCCACCCUCUAGCUCUGUGGCUGUUGACCCUCGGCUGCGAGCUGUCUAUCAGGAGGCAGCUACUCUUGUGGCCAUUGAUGGCCCAAUGAAGAAGGUUGCCACUUUGUUGAUGGAUACCCAUACUAAACUCAAGGUGGUGUCAAUCGUGGGAUUCGCUGGGCUUGGUAAAACUACACUUGCCAAACAAGUGUAUGAUAAAAUUGGCUCGCAAUUCGAUUGCAAGGCAUUUUUUUCAGUUUCACAGCGGCCUGAUAUGAAUGAGGUGCUCAACAAUUUACAGCUAAAACUUAGGAUGAAGGAGCCCGAUUCAUCUCGCACUCGCAAGGUUGAUGACAUUAUUGAAGAGCUAAGGGGGCAUCUGAAAGAAAAGAGGUACCUUAUUGUUGUUGAUGAUGUGUGGGAUGAAUCAAUAUGGAAUAUUAUUAAGUGUGCAUUUCCAGAAGACAAUAACGAAAGCAAAGUAAUAGUCACAACA